AUGAGGUUCGUGGUCGUGAGGGAUUUGCGAAACUCGGAGGUCGGAGUGAUGGUACGCGCAGAGGAGGGUCGAGUCAAGGUGGAAGGUAUCCUUAAUGGAUUUCUCCACGUAAAGAAAAAGCCAUUAUCGCCAAGAGCAUUGUCUCAAGCGUCCGAAAAUAUUCAUAAUGCCGCGAAGAACCUGAUCGACGUAACAUUACUUCAAAAAGAAGACUCUAAUUCAAGAAACAGUGAUAACCACAUAACUUCCAAUAAGCAAUCGUGUCGAUUGUGUGGCGGCAGCACGGGUCCCGUGAAACGGUUCGACGAGAUAUGUGUCGAAAUUGGGGACACAUAUAAAUGUAUCUUGUACUACAUCACUGGAGUUAAAGUGCAAUUUGGCAGCGAUCUCAUUUGCCUGAACUGCAUCAACCAAAUGAAGGUGGCACUGAACUUCAAGGUCAUGGUGGGUUUGGUCUUCGAGAAAACACCCUCGGAAAUGUCAUCGGACCACUUUCUGGGAUUCGCAUCGAAGGACGACGCGAUAUGUCCAAUAGGAAAACACAGUUUCAACACCGGACACGCGAAAAAUAUAAAUCGACAGACGAGCCGUGGUAUUUUGAAAGUCGCUAUACAAAAGAAGGCGUUGGUGCCGUGUAUAAAAUGUGACCGCAAAUAUCCCGUAAUGCGAUCGGAGAACAAUCAAGAAUUCACGUGCGCGCGCUGCAAAAUAAAGAAACCGAGUGACAGAACAGUUGUGUGCGCAAAAUGCAAGGCCAAAGUAUCAUCGAGGUUACUUAACUUUCAUAUGGAAAUGCAUAAUAAUUCUAAUUUGAAGGGGAGAUGCAGGUAA